GAGCAAUAGAAAUAAUUUCAAGUUGUAGACAACAUGAAGCUGCAUAAUAAAUCUUUCCUUGGAAAGAAAUGGCCAAUGCAAAACGAACCUAAAAAUAUUUAGCGCAACAAUUUUCAUAGAAAAUAUUCUGGGCCAAUACGGGUAGAUAAACCCAACAUUAGAACGAGUCGAAAAAAUGUUACUGUUUUCGCCGGAACUUCAAUUCAAGAGUUUUGCGUAUACGGCCUACGCAGCGCGGCCAACAUUUCUCAGAGAAGCCCCUUCGGCCCCCUGCCGCCACCUACAAGUGAAGGACUAUAGCAAUUGUAACUCUCUUUCCCGCUCAGUGUCACUUUGAGGCAAUUCUAUACUUCCCUAAGAAUCUAGGCCUAAGACAUGCCAAAUGAUCAAUGAAUCAGGAUUUGAGUAAGACACGAAUUUGGGUUUCAGCUGAUAGAAUGCUACCAAAGUACUCGUACCAUGCCAACACAUUUUCCAAUCCCUUCGGCCAAAGGUAUUGGAUGACUGAAAAGGGCUGCGCUGCUGCAGCAGCAUCGGGGGGAGGAGGUCUAAAAGGCAUCAUAGCUGGCGGCAUAACCGGAGGCAUAGAAAUAUGUAUCACUUACCCCACCGAAUAUGUGAAAACCCAAUUGCAGUUGGAUGAGAAAGGUGAACGCAAAAAGUAUAAAGGCAUUGUGGACUGUGUCAAGCAGACUGUAAGCCAAAGAGGUUUGCCGGGACUCUAUCGGGGCCUGAGUGUGCUAAUAUAUGGCAGUAUACCGAAAUCUGCUGCGAGAUUUGGAGCCUUUGAGAGUCUCAAAAAUCACAUGAAGAGUGAGAAUGGCCAGCUGAACACCAGUGCUAAAUUGCUUAGCGGUCUAGGUGCUGGCAUUUGCGAAGCGGUGGUAGCAGUAACCCCAAUGGAAACGAUCAAAGUAAAAUUCAUAAAUGAUCAACGCAGUGCUCACCCAAAAUUUAAAGGAUUUUUUCAUGGUGUGAGUGAAAUCAUCAAAGCAGAAGGUAUUGGCGGUAUUUACAAGGGACUUACGGCUACCAUUCUUAAGCAGGGCUCCAAUCAAGCUAUUCGUUUCUAUGUUUUACUCUCUCUGAAAGAUCUCUACACAGGCAAGGAUCCCAAUAAGACUGUACCCAAGCCCAUUGUGGGUGUAUUUGGAGCAAUAGCGGGAGCUGCCUCUGUAUUCAGCAACACUCCACUGGAUGUCUUGAAGACUCGCAUGCAAGGCCUGGAAGCCUCAAAAUAUCGCAACACCGCCGACUGCGCAUUACAAAUUCUAAAAAACGAAGGUAUUCAUGCAUUUUACAAAGGAACCGUACCUCGCUUGGGUCGUGUUUGUCUCGAUGUGGGCAUCACUUUUAUGAUAUACGACUCUUUCAUGGAUUUAUUUAACAAACUAUUUGUCAGACACUAACUGAAAUAACUCGAACUCACCUAUGGACAUCGAUCAAUCCUAUCCUAUUUUUUUCAAUGGAAUUUAUAUUUAUAUGCAUGUACUUGGGCAAGUGCUUUGUGAAAUUGUUAUUGAAAAUAAAAAUGAAUUUAAUAUACACAUACAAACAAA